GCGUCCGUGCCAGCCGUCCGGACCGGUUCUCCCUCCGUCCCCACGGGCCAUGGCCUCCGCCAGACAAAGGGGCUCCAAAGGCGGGCACGGCGGGCACGGCCCCGCGGACAAGGGCGCCCACCCGCCCGGACCCACGGAUGACGUGGCAAAGAAGCAGCAGCAGCAGCAGGGGCAGCAGGGGCACCACGGGCAGCAGGGGCACCAAGGGCAGCAGGGGCACCAAGGCCAGCAGCAGCAGCACCAGCAGCAGCAGCAGCAGCAGCCUCACUCCAAGGGUGGCAGCCGGGGGGGGGGCGGCGGUGGCAGACCCCCUCCUCCUUCCUCGCCCCCGUCCCGGUGGCCCCGCCGGCUGGGGAAGGUGCUGCGGUUCGUCCUCUACGUGUGCCUGGUGUCGGGGGCCGCCUUCUCGGGCUGGGGCGUCCACAACGUGCUGGAGGAGGUCCGCCACAUCCGCCUCCGGCACGAAGCGCUCGCCAGGCAGAGGGAGGACCUGGCCCAGACCGUCCAGGACGUGGGGCACAAGGUGCAUUCUCUGCAAGCUACAUUUGGGAGUUUUGAGUCCAUCUUUAAAAAUGCUCAGGAAAAACAAGAAGUGACUGAAAAAGCCAUCAGAGAAGGGGAAAGUGAAGUCAACCGCAUUAGUGAAGUUCUGCAAAAACUCCAAAAUGAAAUUUUGAAGGACCUGUCAGAUGGUAUCCAUGUGGUGAAAGAUGCAAGAGAACGUGAUUUCACAUCCCUCGAGAACACAGUGGAAGAGAGGUUAACCGAGUUAACCAAAUCUAUAAAUGACAACAUUGCCAUCUUCACAGAAGUGCAGAAGAGAAGCCAGAAUGAAAUAAGUGACAUGAAAACCAAAGUUGCUUCCCUGGAGGAAACCGACUGGUACAAACAAGACCUAAAGGCUAUAAAAGAUGUUGUGGGGGAAAUACAGACAUCGGUGAAAUCCAGAGAGAAAGACAUCGAGUCCCUGAAAAGUACCUUAGAGUACAUGGAGUCUGAUGUCUACACGGAGGUCAAAGAGCUGGUUAGUCUCAAACAGGAGCACCAGAAGUUCAAGGAGGCUGCGGACAGCGAACAUCUUACCUUGCAGACUUUGUCGGAGAAGAUUAUUGAGAUUGAGGCCUCCAUUUCACAUCUCCCUGAUGCCAUCAAGAGACUCGAGGAAGACUUGGGCCAAGUGAAAGCCGACUCCAGCAGGUCAGAGGAGGAUGAGCUGUUCAAGAACACAGAUGUCUUAGAUGCUCUCCAGAAGAGGAGCGAGAGCUUUGACUCCAGGUUCCGACUCGUGGAAGACGACGUCCAGUCCGUCCGCUCCUCUGCCACGCAACAGACCGAAACGCUGGAAUCUCUCCUCUCCAAGAGCGAAGAAUACGAGCGGCGCCUCUCUGCUCUCCAAGAACACGUGGAAGGAUUGGUGUCUUCGCAAGGGGCCUUGGACGGUGACCGAGAUGGGGUGGCCAGUACUGUGAGGAGCUUGGGGGAAUCUCAGCUCUCCUUAUACAGUGACGUAGAGGAGUUGAAGAGAAGCAUGAGUGAACUGCCAAGUGCCGUGGAGUCGCUCCAGAAGGUGCAGGAACAGGUUCACACUCUGCUCAGCCAUGAAAAGUCCCAAGCGGAUGGCGGGCCACCGAACGACUAUCUAGAAAAACUGGCCGCUCUAGACGGCUUGAAGUCUUCUGUAAGUCAAGUGGAAUCGGACCUGAAAAUGUUAAGAACCGCAGUUGACAGUCUGGUUGCUUAUUCCGUGAAAAUUGAAACAAAUGAGCAAAACGUAGAGUCCACCAAGAACUUACUAGAUGACGUGAGAAAUGAUAUGGAGAGAUUGUUUGAGAAAGUAGAAAGAAUUCAUGAAAAAAUUUAAGUGAAUUGCUUGGGAAGGAGGAAGUAGAAUUAAAAGUUCCAAUUUCCAUUCAUGACCAAAAUGGUAUUCUCUUUGGAAAGAGGAGACAUUUCUCCUGGAAGCCCAAAAGGCAUUAUAGUAUGCAUUCCCUUUAUAUUUAUUUACUCUUAUUAGGAUCUUUCUAUGAAAACAGGAUUCCUGUGGUUUAGUUUCUUUCCUGCUGUUGUUCCUUCCCCCUCCCCUUUCCACAUCCACACACAUCAGAAGUAGUUGCUGAGAUGUUACUAAUGGGGCAAAAAUAAGGUAACGACUUCCGUAAAUUAGUAAAUUGGGGGAGAUUAACUCUGAAACUACAAGUAUUUUGUCUUCCUAGUUUCUGUACAGAUGACAACAGGAACGGAGAAAAAGCCAUUAGUCUAAAAUUCUGUCUAAUACCUUUAUUUCCUAUUGAGAUUUCUGUGAGAAAUGUCACAAUUUUUUUUUAAACUUCAGGAGGGCAUCAUUCGACACUCCUAAAAGUUCCAAAUUUGUUUAAAAAAACAACUACUUCCACAAAACUUUCUGGAAUUAUAAUCUUAUAUUUCUAGUAGAAUUUCUGAUUUAUUUCUUCGCCCCAAUCCCCUUCAAGUGUCAUCUAGAGAUGUCAGAUAUAACUAUGCAGAGAUACCGGUACUCUUGAAUUCAGGGGUGCCAGUACCUUAUUGGUGCCAAAUUUUUUAGUUGGGUUACAAAAUAACUGUUAGCCUUAGAGCCCCAGAAAUGGGGUCUGUUCCUUCCUAGACUUGACCUCCAGUAGCAGCACAAAAAAAUGGGGAAUUCCCUCAGGUAUGCAGGUAAAACCUCUUUAAAACUUUUUUUUUUGGCCUAUAUCAUACUUGGAGAGGUUUGUUCACUCUCCAUAUUUGUUAGUGAAGAGUAUGAAAGUAUGCACUGCAUUUAAUGUAAUUUUGCUGUAUUCCCUCUUGAGCUGCACUGUUCUCUUGUGGUCUGUCUUUAUUUUGCCUUUUGAGUAACUUUGAACAAUGGUUUAGUUUACUGUGAAAUGAACUGUAUAGCCUUUUUACAGUGUUUUGUAAUUCUUAAUAAACACUUGGAGCUUUU